GAAAAAAAUAUAUAACAUGAAUAUUUUUUCUGAAAAAAAAUUGAAAAUAUUAGGGCCCCUCUUUGAAGUUCGGCUUUAAGCUUUCAAUCUUGUUGAGUCGGCCCAAUUGUUGAUACUCUAGACAUGGUGAGAAGCCAUAUGAACUUCAAGAUGCUUUCACUUACAGAUAUCAACAUUGACAUCAAAAGAAAUCCAAAGAAGAAGACCCUGGUUGAGGCUAUGGAAGCUGCUGAUGUGAAGACCAAGUGGGUGAACAAUUCAUGGGAAAGGAAGUUGAUAGUGCAGAAGAGGAGAGCUGCACUUAACCAUUUUGACAGGUUCAAGCUUAUGCUGGCAAAGAUUAAGAGAGUUGGAGUUGUGAGGCAGGAGCUUGCAAAGCUCAAGAAGACUGUUGCUUGAGAACUUUCUUAUAAGUGACGUUGAUAUAUAAGAUUAUUGGAUCUUUGAGGGAUGUUAUUAGAACAAGUCUGUUGUAUUUUUAUGCCUUGCAAUAUUUAAGACUUUCUGAGAUUAAAAAAAAAAGGCCUAAGUCAUCUGUAGCCUCUUAAAGUUGUCUGCAUAAUUCAUUUAGAU